GUGCGUUGACAGUUCGACCAUUCAAAACGUCAAUUCCCAUUACACACUUUCGGCGAGUUAUUUGAUUUGGAAAUGAUUUCACCAUAAUUUCUUGGAAAAGUGUGAAUAAAAAAAUUAUAGAAUAUAUUCUUAAGGUCACAAAAGGUUACGCAUAGUAGUCAUGCUGGAGGUGCUUAUAAGCGGGUGUCGCGAGGAUUGGCGGCUCAGUUCGAUCCAAUCGCCAAUGUCGGAGGACACUAACGGAACGCCAGUCGACGAGUUCGAUUGCAGCGACAUGGACGCCUGCUAUGAAACAUUUGACAAAGAUGGGGACGGAAAGCUAAGCCUGGACGAGUUCCGUGUGAUCUGCAAGGCCCUGUUCCGCAACGACAAGGGCCACAUCUACCCGCUGUCCGAGGAGAGGGCGCGCCACAUCUUCCAGGUGUUCGAUAAGAACGGAGAUGGGUUCAUUGAUAAGGAGGAGUUUACCUUCUGCUGGAACCAUUGGAUUAAAGUUAUCGUGCGACCAGUGAGCGCGUUCCUGAUAGUGGACGUGCAGAACGACUUCAUCUCCGGCACCCUCAACAUCAGCAAGUGCAACGCGCAGCAGGAUGGCAGUGAGGUGAUAGAACCGAUCAACAGGCUGCUGGACACGGUGCCGUUCGACGCGCUGUUCUACUCCCUGGACUGGCACCCGCCGGACCACGUCUCCUUCAUCGACAACGUCCACAUGAGGGAACUGCACCCUUCCAACCCGGUGCCAGCCGACAAGGCGCAGGCGUACGACACGGUGGUGUUCGCGGGCCCGCCGCCCAUGAAGCAGAGGCUGUGGCCGCGCCACUGCGUGCAGGACACCUGGGGCGCUGAGCUGCACAAGGACCUCAAGGUAAUGGACGGUGCAGUGAAGAUCUACAAGGGCACCAACCCCGACGUGGACUCGUACUCCGUGUUCUGGGACAACAAGAAGCUGACGGACACCAGCCUGGGCAACCAGCUGCGGCUGCGGGGAGCCACUGAUAUAUACAUCUGUGGACUGGCGUACGAUGUGUGCGUUGGAGCGACAAUAGCAGAUGCCCUGGCCAUCGGGUACCGCUCCAUCCUGAUAGAGGACGCCAGCCGCGGCGUGGACCUGGCCGACAUCGAGAAGACCAAGGCUACCAUCGUCAACAACAAUGGAGUCAUCGUCAACUCCGAUGAGGUCCUAGCAAUGGUGGAAGGCCGUGACAGGCGACCGGAGCUAGGCUACAAACUUGCCAUGGAGCUUAAGAACGCAAUGGAAGACAAGUGAGACAACCAUCCCGGCUAACUAGCUACUUAUUUAUUUAUUGCCUAAUAUACGCCUCUACAUUGUCCUAAUUCUUAAGCUAAACGUACUUAAGCACUGUAUGAGUAAGCUAUAGUCGUCUCUUUCUUUCACCUACAAUUUAUUAUUGCGUAACAGUGAUAGAUAUAGUUCUUGAUUGCAUUAUUUAUUUUAGUGUGAAAACGGUUGUUUUUUGACUAAUUUCCUAUAGCCUUAGGUAUACCAGUGGGAUAAUACUACGGUAUUAAGUGAAAUAUGUUCUAUGUAGCAAGAAAUAAAGGUCAAUAUUGUUUGAAACAAGACACAUACAUAUCUUUGCUAUACAAUAGUGAUAGAAAGACGUAAGUUAUUUUAUUAAAAUAGAAAACUAAUUAUUUAUUCCAAUGUUACCAGCGUUUGGUUUGUUUUUGUACUGGCAACAUUGACACACAAAAAUAAUAAUGUACAGGCUGUGCCAGAAAUUAUAACAUCAAUCCUUCAAAGUGUAAUUUUAUUGUAUUCGUUUGGAUCUUCUAUCGUCACUUCUGUGACAUGUAACAAGUGACAGAUGACGUCAUAAAUCAACG